UUCGGAAUCACGGUUACGUUCUUGGUUGAGCGACACACUGCACUCACUAUUCACAUACAAGCUGGCUAGACUUGGAUUUGCUCGACCUUCCCUCAACUUACCUCUUCAUACACAGCUCAAAGCCGCAAGCAUGGACGAGAAGACUGGAUCAUUUCAUCAUGACAACAUGGAGGCUCCCAAGUCCGACAAAGUGAUGCCCCUCUUCUCCCUCAAGGGUAGAACAGCAAUCGUCUCAGGUGCCGGCGCAGGCAUCGGACUCGCCGUUGCUCAUGCCUUUGCUGAGGCGGGCGCCAACGUUGCCAUAUGGUACAAUAGUAACAAACAGGCAUUGGAUGAAGCCAAGAAUAUUGAGAAGGAAUAUGGUGUCAAGUGCAGAGCAUACCAAGUCAACGUUGUCUCUCACAAGGCCGUGGACAGAGUAAUCAACGAGAUCGUUGCCGAGUUCAACGGCCGGCUUGACGUCUUUGUCGCAAACUCGGGCAUCAGCUGGACAGACGGCAACUUCAUCGACGGACCUGCAGAGACGGUACGCCGCGUGAUGGAAGUCAACGUCGAUGGCGUAAUGUGGUGCGCCAAAAGCGCAGGCGCGCACUUCAGACGUCAAAAGGCUGAAUCCACAACGUUGGAUGGUAAGCCGUUGGAGAACUUUGCUGCAGGUAGCUUUAUCGCUACGGCAUCGAUCAGUGGAAGCAUCGUCAAUGUUCCGCAGAAACAGGCCGUGUACAAUGCUUCAAAGGCGGCGGUGAUCCAAUUCUGCAAGUCCCUGGCUGUAGAAUGGACCGGGUUCGGCCGAGUCAACACGGUGUCGCCUGGAUACAUCAAGACGGAGAUUCUGGAGUUUGCCGACAACGAUAUGAAGAAGGUUUGGAAGGAUAGGACAGUCAUGGGACGUGAGGGUGAGGCCAACGAACUCAAAGGUGCAUACCUGUACCUGGCUAGCGACGCAUCGUCGUAUACAACAGGCCUGGACAUGGUCAUUGACGGGGGCUACUGUCUGCUUUGAACUGGCAAUUAGGGACUUGUGUCUUGGCAUGUUAGGCUGACUCUGGAUUACUGGUGAUACGGAGAUGGGCAUUAUUCGAAGGGCACGUGGCCAUCCAUCAAAAAGCCAAGCAUUUUGGUAUUCUCGACACCGUCGACGUCGUAACUUGGAACAUCAAAAAGAUGGGCCUAGGACACUUUUCAGUUACGAAUAGACACCGUUAAACGUCA